AUGUCCGGACGGCACCCCAGAAGCGGGACUCGCGAGGUGGCACCGCGCGGGUACCCCGGCGGCCACCACCACCACCACCUGCGACCCCGAGAGCCGCGGCUGCCCAGGCUGAGCCCGUCCGAGCCCCGGGCGGCCCGCGGUGGCGCGUGGUGGCUGGAGCUGGACUCCGAGCCCACUCCGCCGCCCCUGCGCGCCGUGCCCACCGCGGCUCCAUCGGGGGCUGCGCACAGCCGCUCGGUGCUGGAGUCGCUGCUGCUGCCGCCCCUGCCCUCGGCGCCACGACGCCCCGGGCCCCGGGUGGGCCAGGACGCCCGCGGGGGCCUGGCCGGGGAGCCCUCGGACUCCCUGGGCGCCCUGCUAGGGGACCUGCUUCCCAGCAGGUUCCGCAGGUUCCUGAGCCAGCUCCGGGACAAGUGCACGGAGCAGCUGGAGCCGCAGAUGGUCCUGACCACUCACCAGGCGUGCGUGUCCUCCCCAAGGGCCCCCUCCUCCUACUUCCAGGACAGCUUGAAAAAACUCCUGCUCCAUCAGCUGUCUGCCCUUACGCCGCUGAGAGGUGACCACUCGCCACUCACCACGGUCAAGAAGCAUCCCAGCGCACAGCCCUCCAGGCUCAAGGCUGCGCUUGCGCAGGGCUCCCAGAGGGAGAGCUCGGGGCCCAGGCGGCGGGUGCGCUUUGCUGACGAGACACUCCGGGACUCGGCCCUCCGCUACUGGGAGCGCAACUAUGCGGCACAGCAGAACUUUACGGGCAGCAGGCUGCCCACUGUGUCGUCGGAGGUGACCGAGCAGGUGGCCGAGAGCAUCAAGCGAUGGCUGCAGAAUUUGCCCAGGAGCCUUCAGCUGCUGGCCAAGGAUGAGAGCAGGGCUAGCCUCCCCCGCUGGGCCGCCCCUGACCGGCCGGCCCCACAGCUGCUGGAGCGCCAAGUUGAGGACACCCCUGUGAGCUACAGGCAGCCUUUCCCUCCCAAGGCGAGCACCCAGAGGCCACGGAGGAACCUCAAGACUUUCCUGGACACGCUGGGGCAGGUAGACCAGGAGUCCCUCUUGCCCAGCCUGGUGCUCCAGUCAGUCUUACGGCGCAGCCGGCCCAGGGGCUACCAGCUGCUCCUGCCCUCCCUGGCAACCCAGAGGGCUCAGCGAUGUCCAGGCACCAGCCCAGUGACCUCAGCCCAGCGUGUAUGGGGCAGUGGGAGCAGACACCAGGGGCUGGUCCGGCUCCAGCUGCACGGCCUCCACCUAUGCUUGCCCCGCAGCCCCCUGCCAGGGGAUGUCCGGGUCCGGAUGAGCCUGCGGGCCCCAGGCGCGGCCCUCGAGCCCCAGGCGGAGCUUAGCCCACCAGGGGCCCAGGAGCCCGAGAAAAAUGAGUUUUCCUGCCGCUCGGUGGCGGUGUCAAUUGAUCGCGCGCGGGCUGGGGGCCGCUCUCGCAGCUGCCUGCGCGCAAUUAUCGGGAAAAAACUGGGCCGGCCGCCGCGGCCAAAUUAG